GCAAAAUAACCGAUUUGAUCUGAAGAAGAGAUCAGAUUUUCAUUCUAUCCUCUCUCCCCCCUCUUUAAACUCCAUCAGCCGCCGAACCCGCCAGCAACCUCCUUCCCGCCUCCGACCAAACUUCUCAAAAUCUAACGCCCAACCCACCGGCAUCCCAAGAAGCAGCAAGGACUAACGUAAUACUCUUCUCCACAUUUUAAUACUUCAAACUUGGCACGAGUUUUUUCUUGUUUGAAAGGUAUUGGAAUUUUGGUUUGAAGAUAAUACCAAUUAAGUUGAAGAUUGUAUAUUGGGAGCGGUUAAUUUUGUGUUGCUAGGGUCAUGGAGUUGUUUGCAAUCAAAAGUGGUGAUGAGCUUUCCUUUUCUGACACCUCCUUAUAGGGGUUUCACAUAGCUAUUUCUAAGCUUAAACUGGUGAGACUGUGAGGUGAAAAAUGGAUCUGAAUCCCAUCAAGGACGCAUUUGAUCGUGUUGCAAAGAAGCAAAAGAUGUCUGGUUCUAAAACACACGAAGUUGUUGACCAGAUGAUGCGAGAUAUUGAGAAGUCAUUGGAAAUUAUGAAGGCGGAACAAUCUGGUUCUGAAGUGGACUUUAAAAAUGUCCUUGGUGAACUUAAGAAAAAGUUGCAAGAAAGUGCUCCACUUGGUGAUCAGAUGGAAGGCACACAGAAGGAACUGAAUAUAGCCCUGAGCAAGUACCCAAAGCAGCUUGAGAAAUCUUUCAACCCAGAUAUAUCCAAGGCUUAUAGAAACAUUGAUUUUGAUGCUCACACUGUUAACCAAGUAAUUGCAGGCCAUUUCUAUCGGCAAGGCCUGUUUGAUGUUGGUGACUGCUUUAUAAAUGAGGCCAAGGAACCAGAAUCUACUGCUGAUAUGAAAUCUCUUUUCUCGGAAAUGUAUCUGAUACUUGAAGCUAUGAAGAACCGAAAUCUAGAGCCUGCACUAAACUGGGCUGCUGCCAAUUCCAAUAAGCUCAAAGAAAACGGGUCAGACCUGCUGCUGAAACUUCAUUGUUUACAGUUUGUGGAAAUACUGCAAGGUGGAAGUAGAAGCAAAGCUCUUUCAUAUGUCAGAACUCACAUUUCUCCUUUUGGUUCCACCCAUUUUUCUGAAAUCCAGAAGCUUAUGUCCUGUCUCCUGUGGUCUGGAAGGCUUCAUCAAUCUCCUUAUUCUGAUUUGCUAUCGCCCACUAAUUGGAAUGUGGUUGCUGAGGAUCUUACAAGGCAGUUUUGCAAUCUCUUGGGGCAGUCUUUUGAAAGCCCAUUGAGUGUGACAAUAGCAGCAGGGUUCCAGGGUCUGCCACCACUUUUGAAGUUUAUGACUGUGAUGGCAGGGAAGAAAAAUGAGUGGCGGUCAAUGAAACAGUUGCCAGUGCCCGUGCCAGUGGAGUUGGGAAGGGAAUUUCAGUUCCAUUCGAUCUUUGUAUGUCCUGUGUCCAAGGAACAAUCAACUGAGGAAAACCCUCCUAUGUUAAUGUCAUGUAGCCAUGUGCUAUGCAAGCAGUCUAUCGACAAGAUGUCAAAGAACGGUUCAAAAACCUUUAAAUGCCCUUACUGCCCAUCUGACAUCGAAUCAACACAGUGUAAGCAGUUGCAUUUCUGAUGUGUACCCUGACUUGUACAUUAAUUUGUAUUAAACUCUCUCAUGAACCGAAUGAAAUGGUGUAGAACUGGUGGUUGUGUCUUGUGUAGUGUAGCCAGGGGUGUGAUGAUGGUGGCCAAGCUGGUCAGUCAUGUAUUGUUUCUCUAUGCAUUUGUUGUAAAUAGACAUUCUUUGGAUUU